UAUAUAUAUAUAUAUAUAUAUAUAUAUAUAUAUAUGUGUGUAUAUAUUUACAGGAAAAAGGAAAAUUUGUAAAUGUCUAUGACAAAAAUUCGUAACGCUUCUGAAGAAGUUAAAAUCCAUUUCUGAAGAGAAGAAAUAUAGAGAAAAAAGAAAAAAUUGAGACAGAAAAAUGACAUCAAAACAAAAAAAUCGAACAGAUUGUUUGUCAAACACAGAUUUGUAGGAAAAUUUCAUUGACAGAAAAAAAAAAACAAGAGAGAGAAACGAAAACAUAAUAAUAAUAAUAAUAAUUAAGCAGAAGAAGACGAAAACGGAAUGAAGUGACUGGGAUUAUUAAAAACAAGACGAGCAGACGAAAAAAAACGAUUAAUCCAGAAUCAUGGCAACAAUUGAAAAACUUGUAAGAUCCUUUGAGGCCCUGAAGGUUUUCCAGCCUGUAGGGGGCAGUGCUGAAGAACCUACCAAGAAAAAGGAACCCCUUCCAAGUAAAAAAGACAAAAUGAUCAAUUGUAAUGUGAUGGCGGAUUGUAUCUGUGCACCAAAUAUGCGAUCUAUAGCAGAUUUUCCUAAGUUCCUUGGAAUAGCUAUGGAAACAUUUCUAAUGCUCUGUGAUGAUCCUGAAGCUGAUAUUCGCAUGGUUUCUGAUGAAUGCCUCAAUAAAACCAUUAAGACUUUGCUAGAAACAAACUUGGGCCGUUUACAGGUGGAACUUUACAAAGAGAUCAAGAAAAAUGGACCAUCUCGAAGUCUUAGAGGAGCACUUUGGAGAUUCGCAGACAUGUGCCAUUUGAUACGCCCUCAGAAAUGCAGACCAUAUAUUGUCAACUUGCUGCCCUGCAUUGCACGGGUUUGUAAGCGUGAAGAAGAAGCCAUCCAAGAAACUCUUGCAGCUUCCAUGCAGAAAAUAUGUCCUGUUCUUAUGGCUUUUGCAAAUGAUUCAGAAGUCAAAGCAUUACUAAAGAGUUUUCUACCAAAUUUGAAGUCUUCGUCUGCAUCAACCCGGCGUACAGCAGCCUCAAGUCUCUCACUGAUCUGUCAGCAUUCACACAACCCUUUGUCUUUCAUAAACAGAUUACUCAUUAUGCUACUAGAUUUAAUUCUUCCUGUCGAUGAAGAACACGAAGUCCAUUAUUUACUUGGCGUUCUUCUCGCAAUCCGGAACCUAAUCCCUUAUUUAACUGGCCCUGAAAGGGACCUUGGCUUGAAAGGAAGCUUCGGUCUUGUACAUAAAGGCAGCAGUGAAAAACACGUGAAAGUCAACAUUAGACAAAUCCUUCAGGUGUACGAGUUGUUGUUAUACUUCACGGGUCACACUGACCAUAACGUUGCCACUGCUGCUCUUGAAGGUCUUCAUCAAUUAAUUAAAACGCCACCACCUCAGCUAAUUCCCAUCUUAGUGAACAAGAACACCAUCAAGCGGUCAUCAAUUUACUCCAACGAUCUAAGCACAGUCUAUACACGACCUCGGACUCAGAGUGGUUUGGAGCGUUUUCCAUCGGUCAGUGAUGAUGUUGGUUUGGAAGAAGAUCAAUCUGCAGCUGAAAUUUACAGUCAAAUCACAACGUCCGAAGACUCGUCUGGCUUCGCAUCCGAUUUUGCUUCCUCGACAAGUCAAGUGGACGAAGUAGGAAGUGCGAAUGCUAGGAGUGGUAGCAAUAGGUCGAAUAAUGUGUGUUUCAAUGCUGACCUUGAUGAAGAACUUGCCAAUGAAGGAACAUUCUCUACAGAUUUAGAAUCCACUGCAACAGCAUCUGUCGGCUCCUGCAGUGAAAAUACUCUCGACCCAGUGAUCAUAACGAUGGAAAACGCUUACACGAAUGUUGAAAUUGGAGACUUGAAUGAGGAGCGAUCUGAACGCUCGACCCUUUCUCACAGCAGCAGUGUAGAGACUUUGUUGAGCAUCAAAAGCCUGAGCCCUAAACACCGGCCCCCUUUACAAAAGGGAGUCAGCCAGGACUUGAAUGGAAACCCUGAAUAUGAUAAUGCAUUGACGAUUGACACAACUUCGCAUGAAUCAGCAUCGCCGUCUCCCAUACCAGCAGUGGUGGUCGUAGUUGAUGAUGUACCACCUGGGGUGGGGUGUUAUUGUGAUGGUGAAGUUCCUUUAGUCUACUGUAUACGUCUCUUAUGUCGUCGUUUCUUACUCUCUGGUACACCCCUGAGUAUAAUUUCAGACAAGACUGUCCGUGUCAGUGUGAAAACAUUAGCCCUUGGUACUAUUGGCAAUGCUAUUUCUUUAUUUCCUCGAAUCUUACUCCACAAUAUGUUUGUUGAAAAUCAUCAGUGUCGAGAGAGUCAGUAUAUCAGUGAUGUGUUACUUUUCGCCAACCACCCCGAUCCACAGUUAAAGGGAAACACUGCAGUGAUUGUGGCGAAUUUACUGCGCAGUGCUUUGAUUGAAGGGCAAGGAAAUUUCCAGAAGUGGUUGGAACAUAACAGUUCAUCCCUCUCAGAGAAAGCAUUAUCUUAUCCUUCCGUCGUUGAUCUUGUUCAAGUAAUAUUGAACAUCAUUGAAGACGAAUCGUCGAUGGCAGCUCGGCAAGGCCUUCUUGCUCUUCAAGUUUGCAUGUCUCACCUCAUGGUCUCCGCUCAUUCAGAUCUGUGUAUAAAUAUUCUACUGAAAUUGCUGCCUAUCAUAUCAAAUCCUUACUGGCUCGUUAAGGUUGAACUUCUAGAACUUGUGUCAAGAAUAAACUUUAAAAUCGUUUACUAUUUACAAAGUGUGUGUUUACCAAGACGAGCACAGGAGGAUAAAUAUCUUGGGAAAUUUAGUUUGCAGACAACUUUCCUUGAAGAUGCUGUUUUAGCCCUAUUGGGUGAUGAAGACUGCCGAGUUCGGCAUUGUGCUGCAGUAUCAUUAGUCAAGAUGAUACCUAAUCUAUUUUUUGCGGUUGAUUGCCCUAUGCAAGAUCCAGUCAUUACAGUGGCCAAGGAUUACACUGACAGUUAUUUUACACCAAUUGUACAUGACUGGGCCCAAGAGUCACCUCCGACAGUCCUCGGACUCGUCAAGCCUUUUAAUUUCAACGCGAACAUCCCAGUGCAUCCCUCAGUGGAAUCAAGCCUGUCCAGAGUGAUCACUGCCAUUAAAUCUCUACUGCGCAAAUGUCAAUGCAAAUACCUCAGUUAUGGCUGUUGUCAUGCCUUAUCCCUGUUAUCAGAACACUAUCUGCCUACAUCACAUUCCUUUGCUUGGAGCUGUGCACCCCCCUUGCCUGUGCUCACCAAGGAUGGAGAUCGACCGAUGGCUAGGCAUGGUGUUAACCGAAAAAGACUUAGUUCUGCAUCGAGCUUACGGACACCAAGUACAGAUGAUGACAACUUUCUCUGUGGUGGUGGCCCAUUAGCCCUGACUUUGUCCCUGCUGUGUUCAUCCCCACUAGCCCUUGACUUGUCUGCACACCAGGAUACUUUGUUAUUGGCUGGAAAUUUGUUGCCAGGUACUGCCUACAGGUGUCUCCGUUCCGCAGAUGAAACAAAUAACCUGUGUGGCGUAGACGAUGGCAAGUGGCUGUGUGUCUCUGAUCGACAGCUUGUUCCUCUCGUUGAUAUUCUCCUGACUCACAUUGCCAGACUGUUAAAUGCCUGUACUCAUGUGAUAGAUGACAUAACACCUGGACCUCCCCAAAUUAAGCCUUCCCUCCCGUCGUUGCCUACUGCUCCUUCCCUGAGUCCAAUCAAGCGGAAAGCCAAAGGAGAUAAGGAUGGCUCGGGGCCAUCAGUACUUCUGGGAUCAACCAUUGAUCCCAAAGCUUCAGCAAAAUCCACACAAAAAGAACGAGAAAAAGAAGUAGAAAGGGAAAAAAAUCGUAAAGAAGGACUUGGAACUUUCUACAAUCUACCUCAAUAUAUGAGAGUUUAUGAUGUAUUAAAAGGUGCUUACUCUAACUACAAGAUCUCUCUGGAUUUGAAUGUAUCAGACAAAUUUGGCAGCUUAUUGAAAGUAGCACUGGAAGUGUUUGCUAAAUUACUGGAAAUUUCCUCGCUCUUCGACAUUGGGAAAUAUGCAGAAGAAUUUCUAACUUAUUUGAAGACAACAUUUUCAAUGGAGGCCACAAGCACUGUUCUCUGUGUUCAACAGCUGCUGAAAGCACUCUUUGGUACGAACCUGUCUAGCCAGUGGGAGCUUCCGCAAAACUUGAACUGUUCCCAUCUACGGCAUGGGAAAAGCAGUCGUUUGUCGACCAACAUGAAGCCUGGCUUAUACCAUUGCUGCUUUACACACCCCUAUACUCAGUUCACUCAGAGUCUGGCUGGAGCUGCUUUCAGAAGUGGUCAGGCAGACCAAGAGGACAGUACAAAUAGCCUUGCUUGGUUUAAAAAACGAAUUGAACGGAAGACUCCUGCCAUAUUGAAACCUGGUAGCCGUACCGACAAGUCUUCAAUUGCAUGGUACAUCCGAUUGUUUGAGCCACUGGUAAUCAAGGCUCUUAAGCAGUACACUGUGACCAGCUCUCUGCCACUGCAGACUGAAGUGCUGGGUUUGUUGUCCCAGUUGGUACAGUUGAGGGUCAAUUACUGUCUUUUGGAUUCUGAUCAGAUUUUCAUUGGUUUUGUUAUAAAACAAUUUGAAUACAUCGAAGAAGGGCAGAUAAGAUAUUCCGAAAGUCUAGUACCCCACAUCUUCCAGUUUCUGGUGAUGCUCUCAUAUGAAAAGUUCCAUACCAAGCCAAUCAUUGGUAUUCCUAAAAUAAUACAACUCUGUGAUGGAAUCAUGGCAAGUGGCUUACAACCAACAACUCACGCCAUUCCUGCUCUACAACCCAUAGUCUAUGAUUUGUUUCUUCUGCGAGGAACCAACAAGAGUGAUGGCGGCAAGGACUUAGAAACACAGCGAGAAGUUGUUGUUUCUAUGUUACUGCGGCUGAUAAAUUUCUAUCAGGCUCUGGAAAUGUUUGUCAUCAUUUUGCAACAGUGCAGGAAAGAAAAUGAAGAUCGAUGGAAACGCCUGUCAAGACAAGUCUCUGAUAUGGUUCUGCCUGCUUUGGCUAAGCAACAGGUGAAUCUAGAUAGUUUGGAGGCAUUGGAUGUUCUUCACCAUCUCUUUGAAUCAGUGGCACCAAGUGUUUUUCGGCCUGUCGAUAUUCUACUGAAAACCUUAGUGGCUAAACCAGCAGAUGUAUCGAGUGUCACCGGUCUGCAGCGUUGGCAAUGUUUAGUUUUGUCGUUGCUGCGUGUGAUUAUAUCCCAGUCGAAGGAGGAAGUGGUGCUAUCACGACUCGAGGAGCUGUGUCUGUCUGUUUGUAUCUUGAAGCGGAACCCAGACUACGUGGUAGUCCCUCAGGUGGAAGAUGAGAUGGAGGAAGAUCAAGAAAAAGAAGGGGCUGAAGUUUUGGCUAAAGAACUGCCUCAGGCACUGCCACCUGAAAACACAGUUGCCAGGUUCCUGUUUCAAGUUGCUGGUCUUGUUGCUGACACUAUCAGCCAGAAAGUUAGCAAUCUUACAUUCCUCGAAGGCGGCCAGAAUAUAGACUUCCUUUGUCAACAGUUAUCCCAUUUGCUGUUGUUUGUGACCCAUAUGUUUCAGUCAGGUCUAUUCAGACGGGUAGCAACGGCUGCCAUGGGAAUUGUUCAAGAAGAGGUCGAGCCCUUCAUGUACAGCAUUGAGGAGAUAAACCAAAGUUUCUUGUGCCUCGGGGUUAGCUUCCCAACGAUUACACUGCAGUGGUGCAACAUUCUAAUCUUGCUCAACUCUUACGAUCCUCACUGGUGGAGUGCAAUCAUGCAAACACCAAACAAAUUCAUUAUUCCAAGUCCCAGCCACCAUCUGUCAGUAAUGCCUGACAUUCCAAGAACACCAGUUCACAGUUGCAAUGUUGAGAUUGUCCGACGUGGAGCACUGGUUCUCUUCUGUGAUUAUGUGUGUGAGAACUUGACAGAUGCUGAACACAUGACUCAAUUAAUAAUCAAUCAUGUUAACGAUCUGGUGGAACUAUCACAUGAAUCUCCUGUACAAGACUUAGUCAGUGCAAUUCACCGAAACUCUGCCGCCAGUGGCCUGUUCAUCCAAGCUAUACAUUCCAGGUUUGAGAACUUGACUAAGCCAUCUCUUGUGAAGAAAACUCUGCAGUGUUUAGAAGCGAUCCACCUGAGCCAGAGCGGUGCACUUUUGACUUUGCUAAUUGACAAAUUCCUGCACACACACCAUUUAUCUGUGGCCCGCAUUUGUGACAGUAUUGCCUGCAGACGGCUUGAGACACUUCUUGCAGAAGUGGUUGAAGAAAGCAGUAACCAAUUACCAUUAGAAGACUUGGAGAAACUAGUGCAGUUCAUAAAAAACAAUGGACUAGCUAAACGUCAUGCACGGUUGGCCUCUCUUCUGAGCAAAUUCCAUCAAGUUCUCUGCCCAACCAACAGCUGUAAUUUAUCUCCUGAAAGAACACACCCGUUAUCUUUACCAACACCACCUGUUGCAGAUAUCACCGUUGACAAGGAAUGGUAUCUAUCUGUUGUUAAGGAUCAAUGUUUUGGCGCAGAACCCAACACAAGAGAAUGUGCCCUGCUCUUACAAAAACUUGACUAUGCUGAUAUAUUGACAGUUAUCAUGGCCAAGGAGUUCAGCCCUUCUAUUUUGAAAGAGUGCAUCUCAUUAGGCACCUUAUGCACUCUUGAACAACACCGCAUGGACGAGAUGUCGUCAUGUUUACGUGGUGAACCUGUGAAUAUGUCCCGUUCGUCCGAAGUCACAUACGAACCCCUGUUCCAGGCCGCCCAGCUCAUGCUCUUCCGACACAUUAACAGCGUGAUUAAUAUGCUCCCUGUUCCACACCAGGUCCUUGUUGAUUUCCCCCCUCCUGGAAUUCCUAUGAGUCCUUGUGAAAUCCAAUACCAGGAGAAGAUGGAGGAUUUCUUUAUAGAUGCUGCCUGGAUGGAUGCUGUGUUCCAGUUUGCUGCCUCACUGCUGCAGUAUCUGCAGUCAUUGAUGUUGUUUCCAUGGCAGCCGGCAGUGCCUCAGGAGUCACAGACAGACGUCUGUCGGUUUAUCAUACUAACACUAGAGAUGAUAAAUUGGCUCAUCCAGCAUUCUACACUUCCUCCAUCAAACCAAAUCCAAAUAGCUCUCGAAGGCCUCUCUGUGGUAUUGCAGAACCCGCAGCUUGCUAAUGUGGUCGGACAAAAAGAUCACAUAAGCUGGGUUUGCACUUGUGUGAAGACUGUCUAUCGUUUGUUAGAAUCCUUAAUGGUUCUCCCUGGUAUGAAACUGGCCAUUCUACCCAACCAAGAUGUCCAUGAUGAUCAGCCAAAACAGAGUUUUGAUGAUUACCACCAUGUGGUUGUGUCCUGUGAUCAUAUAUCUGAACUGGUGCAUUGUCUGCGCUCUCAUCUCAGCCUCAGUUGCCAAAUGGAUCAACAUCUGCCACUCUUUUUGAUUGCUCCCAUUCGUAAAAUCAUUGUUGGUCUUGCCCGGCUACCUUUGUUGAACAGUUAUGCUCGAACACCACCCCUUGUCUGGAAGAUGGGCUGGAUGCCCUCACCAAGUGGGGAGAUGCGGACCAAGUUACCUCCAUUACCGUUAGACUAUCUGCUGGACAAGGAAGUCCUGAAAGAGUUUGUCUUCAGAGUCAAUUCUUUAGGUUGGAUUAGUCGACAACAGUUUGAAGAAACCUGGAUGAGUUUGUUGGGUGUGGUUAGUUCUGCACCCUCCAUGGAAGAGGAACAUCUUUCUCCUGAGGAAGAAAUGGAAAGAUCUCAAGCAAUGGUUUUGGCUGUGAAAGCUAUAACAUCCUUAUUAGUACAAUCUAUGUUGACACCUUCCCCUGGCAAUCCUUCUAACAGUCGCUAUGAAAUGGCCCCACGGGAUAAACCUUUAGCAUUUCUCCAUACAAAAUGUGGGAAGAAGCUUGCCACACUCCGUGGUUUCAUUGAACAACACAUACAGCGUAUCUGCAGCUCAAAUCCUAUAAGCAGUAAUUCAAGUUCCAGAAAUGGCCACCCUGAUUCAUCCUUCCUUCAGAUGCUUGAGGUAAAUCUUGAGAGAGAAAUCGGAGAAGAAGAACUGAUGCUUGGCCAGAUCUCUAUCGAUUCGAUAUGGGCCAUAGUUGGCAUGCUAGAGAUGAGUCUGUCCGAAUCGGACAGUCCAGAGUCUAUGGAGAGUCCGCCCAUCCAACGUAAGAAGCAGACACCGUCGACGACGGACGGAGGCCGAGAAAGGUCAAUUUCGGUCAGUGGCCUUGACAUCCAUUCCUGCCUCCAGUUUCUGUUGGAGCUCUAUGGUCAGUGGCUUUCUCCAACUGCAAAACCAAAGCCUCCUCCGAUGCUGGUCAAUGCUGUGGUCAAAUCAGUAAUUCGCUGUUUUGUUGCCUCUUUAUGUUCGCUUGCACCUGCUCUUAUCUGUCUUCCUUUCUCCUGUUUGCAGGAAUGCCAAGCAGCUGACAGACUGUUUAAAAUGCUUGAUGCUGGCCUGAAGAGUACUCAUCUACCGAGUAAGACGCAUGCACUCCAUGGCAUCCUAUACAUUUUAGAAGCUGGGAUUAUAGAUCUUACUAAGCAGAUUAUUCCAAUGGUCACAGACUUCCUCCUGCGACACCUUGCAGUAAUUUCACAAGCAAGUAUCACCAGCCAGCAAUUCGUAUUAACUCUGUGGGCAACUGCUUUCUAUAUAUUAGAGAACUACCAAGAAGAGCUGCAUGAUACUGACAUUCCCAUCAAAAUCCUUCAGUUGGCUGUCAAUGCUGCCUCAAGUAAUGAAGAAAGCACUUGUGUAUCUGUGUAUCUGGCCAUCCUUCGGGGACUGGAGAGGCUGUUGUUGACCGCCACGCUCUCAAAACCAGAUGCAGAAACCAUUAUAAAAUUAAGCAUGGAUAGGUUAUGCUUACCGAGUCCUCAGAGGGCACUGCCUGCAUUAGGACUAAUGCUUACAUGCAUGUACUCAGGCAAGCAGUUUGAACAAUUUAGCCCUACUCCACGUGAUACUGUGUUCAACUCCUCCAACUCUGAUCCGGACUAUGUUGUUGUCUACCAGGAUCCUGAGACCCUUAUACUGGCAAUGGAAAGAAUCACUGUGCUGUUUGAUCGAAUUCGAAAAGGUUUUCCAUAUGAGGCAAGCAUUGUGACCCGCAUCCUGCCCGAGUUUCUGGCCGAUUUCUUCCCACCUCAAGACAUCAUGAACAAAGUGAUUGGCGAGUUCAUUUCCAGCCAGCAGCCUCACCCACUGCUCAUAGCAAAAGUAGUCUUUCGGGUAUUUUAUCAUCUACACCAACAGAAUCAACAAGUCCUUGUCCGUGAUUGGGUUAUGUUGUCUCUGUCAAAUUUCACUCAAAGGACUCCUGUUGCCAUGGCAGUGUGGAGUCUUACCUGUUUUUUCAUCAGUGCCUCUACAAACCAUUGGCUAAAAGCUCUAUUUCCACACGUUCUUGGACGAAUGGGGAAAAUGGAGACGAUGGACUGUAAACUUUUCUGCCUAGCUGCAUUGGACUUCCGCCGGCAGCUGGACGAAAAUCAGGAGCGCGCUUUUCACUCUACAUUCCAGUAUGUUGCUCAACCAGAUAGCCCCUACCAGGAGCUGCUGUCAUGUUGUGGUACAAACUCUUAGCAGUGUGUGUAAAUAUAUAUAUAUAUAUAUAUAUGUACGUGUGUAUGUAUGGCAGUGUGUGUGCGCAAGUGUAUCUGUGUGUGUUUGUAUGUAUGUGUCCAUGCAUAUAUAUAUAUAUAUAUAUAUAUAUAUAUAUAUAUAUAUAUGUAAUAUAUGCAUUUAUAUGUAUAUUAUAUAUUUACAUAUAUAAAUGUAUAUAAUAUAGACAUUUAUAUAUAUAUUAUACAUUUAUAUAUCUUAUAUAUAUAUAUAUAUAUUCAUAUUUAUGUAGUAUAUAUAUUUACAUAUAUGUAUAUACUUAUGUAUAUAUACACUUAUAUGUGUGUGUGUGUAUAUGUAUCCUAGCUUUACACAUAUACAUAGAUGUACACACAUUUGCAGUAAACAUCUGUUAUGGACAAACAUGAACCUGUCCUCUCUCUGUCUUACAUUCUCUUUCUCACUCUAGACAUCUUCACAUUUCAGUUUUAUUUUGUCUCUUCUCUUCCAUCCUCUCUCACUCCUCCUCUCUGCUCUUUCUCCUCUCUCUCUUUCUCUUUGAAUUUGAAUUUGCAGGAACUGGUAGUAAAAACAUAAUUUACUAUUAAAAAAAAAAAGACAAAACAAAAUAAAACAAAA